ACCAAAUGUGUGUGAAAUGAGCCAACAUGGAGCUGCUUCUGGAGGAGGUAAAAACAAAUGUGCAACAGAAAUUUAAUGAAGUGCGCGCUGCGUUGCAUAUGCGUGAAAAGUUGUUGCUACGGCAACUGGAGGUAAUUGCCAACACCCACCAACAACAGUCGGCGCCCGUUUACAUCGACUACGAGUCGCACAAGGAGCAGGAGAAGUGCGAGAAGUGCGCAAUUCGAUUCGUGACUGGCGACAAAAACGAGGAGGAAAAACUGCUAUUGGCUAUAAGGAGUUUUGGCCAGUUCCAGCUGGACAGCAAUAUGCAACUGGCGCUGCAUCGAGCGCAGGACAAUCGCAAUGCGGGACUGCGCAAUGAGGAUUACAUUGAACCCGUGGAUGAUCACGAAACGAUGUACAAAUGUCUGGAGGAUCGGGCGUCAAGUGUAGCCUACUACGAUCUCAAUGAUGAAGUGCAGCCGGAGGCGAUUGUCGUCGACUUCUCACGCAACAAGGCGCUGCUGGAGGACAAUGCCAAGCGUUCGAUUAUCAACAUAACGCUGCAGGAAGCCAAGGAUUUGAUACGUCGGGCAAAAGUCAAACGGGAGACUUUUGUGCCGCCCUUGAAUCUGGAGGAGCUGGACGACGAGCUGGAAUCGUCCAUAGCCGAUGCUGUCUCCAGUCUUGGUCGCAGCUCCGUCUGUCCCGAACAGGCCGGUGGCAAACCAAAGCCAAAGCAGCGCAAGCCACGCUUCAAACCAAAGAUCACCAUUAACAAUUGCAAUGGAACGAUUAAUCUGCGCAACAUUGCCAGCCUGACCAUCAACUGUGCCAGCGAGGAGGCAGUCAGCGCUGAACUACCUCUAGCUGAAGCUCCAGCUACAGCAUCUGCUGCUGCUGCUGCUGCAACUCAAUCCGCCGAUUCCAGCACCACCACCACCGAUCCCUCCAGCUGCACACCCAGCAGCUCCAACUAUUCCAGCAAUGCCAGCUCCCGCUCUCAGUCGAAGAAGCACAAGGAGACGAAGGCCAAGGCAAAGAGCAUUGAAUCGACACCCACAACGGACAACCACGAAGCCACCUGUGACUUUUACAAUCGCCUCUUGAACGAGAUAAAAAAGAGCCUCAAGCAAAAGCCCUCAACUGGAGUUGCCACAGCAGGAGUAGAAGCAACCACAACUACGACCACAACUGCAACUGUGACCAGCAGCGAUGCGGCUGUGCAGGUGCAAGUGGAUGCCGAUUCCAGCUGCGAUGCUGGCGACAGGCCGGUCCAUGUCACCAGCAGCGAGUCGGCGAUCUCCUCGUCCUCGCAACUGCAACCGGGCAAGCGUUUGGUGCUGAAGAACUUUGAGAACCUGAAGAUCAUCCUCGAGGCAAACAGCGGCGACGAGGAUGCCUUCCAUCCGGUGCAAAUCGAACAGUGGCUGGCUGAAAUUAUAUCCGAGACGGAUCUGGAGCCGAUGCAGAAUACAGACAUACUCGAGCACAGCAAAAUCAACACCAGCGAGAGCAACUAAAAUAGCACUCAAGGAUUUCCACAAUCGAUCACAGUAUUUCCUAACUAGAUGUUAUAAUUAUAUUUAUAGAAAUGUAGUUGUAGUUGUAGUUUCUUUAAUUGUAGUGUUUUCAUUUGCAAUUACUUGGCUAAUUAUGCAAUUACUUUUAUAGUUAGUCGGAGUAAUUGUAAUUGGUUGCAAGUAUUUAGCUCUGUUUAGUUCUGGCAACUGCCCAUAUAAUCGAUUAGUUUCUUAAGUCUCACACAAAACACGGCUUUUGUGGUCCAAGUCUCUGCAUUUAAGAAUCAAAAAAUAUUCAAAUUGUAUCCACAAGUAGAAGAAAAACAAAAGAAAAUUGUGCUUUCGCAUUCGUUGUACUUAAACUGAGUAUCUAAGUACUUAA